CCCCCAUACUGACCCAUAGAACCCCAUAGACCCCUAUAAAGCCCCAUAGACCCCCCACGGUUCCCUAUAAUUCCCCACACACCUCCAUCUUUCCCGCGCCGCGAAGUCACGUGCCUCAGUGUCCCCGCCCCCUUUCCGGCGCUGCUGACCAAUAGGAGCGCUCAAAGCCACCGCGCCUGCGCGCUGAGCUCCGCCCACACCGGAAGUGAGCGACGUGUGGGGCCGGAGCCGGCGGCGGGAAACGGGAGCGCGGGGUGAGACCGAGCGUGACGUCAUCACUAAGCGACGGGGCUUCGGUUGCGGUAUGACGUCAUCACUGUCUGGCGCACCGGAAAUGGCGUUGCAGAGUGCGGGAUGACGUCACAGGCGAUGUUCCAGAGCCCCGACGUGACGUCAUAGACCGCGAGUCGUGACGUCACAGCGAUGGCGGACGAAAUGGGCGGGGCCGAGGAGCGGCGUCACUUCCGGGGGGCGCGGUUCAUCAUGGAGGCCGGGCUGCGGCUGGGGCUGGGCUCGUCGGCGCUGGGCGUGGCCCUGGGCGCCUUCCUGCGAUUCGCCCGGCAACAGCGCAGCAGCCAAUACGAUCCCGCCAUCGUGGCCGCCGCCGCGCUCCUAUUGGCUGGGAAGGCGCAGGGGGCGGGGCCAAGAGCACGGGACGUCAUCAACGUCACACACAGAUGCCUGCAACCCCGGUGU